AUGGCUACGACUGCCUUUUUCCCCAGUGGGGUUAUCUCGAAGGCAAAAUUCGCGGAUGGCCUUCGCGAUCGGAGGCUGCCGCAAGUGGUAGAAGAGAUUUAUAGGCUCUUGCGCCUGGUGAAGAGGGUUUGCUCACAACGGACCGCUAUCGCAAGAAGCCGUUGUACUGCGAUGCACCGUCAUACAUCUCGAAAAAGCCGCAUGUAUCAAGGAAAGAUCGCGAAGGGUAUAUCCGAUCUACCAAAAAAAUUGCUGACAGGGAUUUUCGAGCAUCUUGGCUCGUUCCAAGGCCCUGUUCUCAUGGCACUGGAUGAUAAGCGUUUGGAAGACCUUCCUAAAGCCUUCCGCUGCGGGUUCAUACUUCCAAGCGACCGUAUCCACAUCAGGGGUGAAGCCGGCACGGACUGGGACAAGCACAAUAGGCCCCAGACAAGGAUCCCUAUGAUUCUCGGUCUUCGUAGCGUCUGCCGCAACACCUUCGUCUUGUGGUACGACAACCAUAUGCUGGAAGAUUCAAGGUCUCAAAACGUGUGGGCCAUAUCCGCAUCUGUAAGAGAGGACCGAUACAACCUGGUGGACUUCAAGAUUCGCUACAAACCCAUCUUAAAAGAUGGGUUGGCACAACCGUUCGGAAAUGCGGAUGAAAUUGGCUUUGACUACGAAGAAGUAGUUCAUCUCGGAGCCAGCCACAAUACGGGCAAGAUAAUCUUCGAUAUCGACGCUCCUUGCGACCGGACAUUCGUUAAGAAAUGGAUCAACAACCAACUGUUCUUGCAUGACGGAGGCCACCUGGCUGUGCGAACCUUUCGUCUGAAGUUCGAUCCUGGUACCCAUGCAAGGGAGCUUUCCAGGCAAUGGCUCUCGGAUAUCUUCCAACACUUGCACAAGAGGGGCGUAGGCAGAAAGACCGACAGCAACACCUUGGUGCUCGACUGGAACGCUCGAGAUCUGUGA